ACCGGGCGCCUGUCCCUCCUCGUCGUGCCUCGCCGCGACCGCCAAGCCCCGAGCCGGCGGGAGCCCGGUGCUCACCAUGUCGGUCGCGCUCAGCAACAGGUUCCAAGGAGGGAAGGCGUUCGGCUUGCUCAAAGCCCGGCAGGACAGGAGGCUGGCCGAGAUCAACCGGGAGUUUCUCUGUGACCAGAAGUACAGCGAUGAAGAGACCCUGCCGGAGAAGCUCGCCGCCUUCAAAGAGAAGUACAUGGAGUUUGACCUGAACAAUGAGGGCGAGAUUGACCUGAUGUCUUUAAAGAGGAUGAUGGAGAAGCUCGGGGUCCCCAAGACCCACCUGGAGAUGAAAAAGAUGAUCUCAGAGGUGACAGGUGGGGUCAGCGACACCAUCUCCUACCGAGACUUUGUGAACAUGAUGCUGGGGAAGCGGUCGGCUGUCCUCAAGCUAGUCAUGAUGUUUGAAGGAAAAGCCAAUGAGAGCAGCCCCAAGCCAGUUGGCCCCCCUCCAGAGAGAGACAUUGCCAGCCUGCCCUGAGGACCCCCGUCUGGACCUGCCCCCGCUCCUGCUUCCUGAUCUUGCCGCCCUUCUUGAUUCAUUGUGAUUUGUCUUAUUUGUUUUGUCUGGUCAUUAUGCGUUUGUUUCAUUUUCAACCAGCAAAAUCAGUGAUAUCUUUGUAAAGCACAAAUUACCUGCCUUAAAGGGGCUCUGGGCCAGGGAAUUCUGAGCCUUGGGGACCCUCCCUCUUGUCUCCCCUCCUUCCCCCUUCCCUGUGCAGAAGGGCUGACAUCAAACCAAAGCCAGGAGGGGGCAGCCUGGACGGGGAGACUGAAGGCUGUGAUCCUCAUGCUUGGAACUGGCAGAGUCCGGCCUUCCAGGGUCCCUGAGCUAAGUCCAGGCUUGCUGGCCUGGCCCUGGUCAGGACCACAGCCCACUCACAGAAGACCCUGGAGUGGGAACCAGGCUUUUCUCAGACAGCUCUGUGGUUCCCUGCUCUUGAGUCGUCUAGGGCGUGACCACCCAGUGUCUCACCUCCCCCGCUGGCCCCCUCCCCCAGUCCACUCUUCUCAUCCUCAGGGAGGUGACAGAAGGAGAGACGGAGAGGGGCUUGGUGAUCUGAGCCCUUUAAGAAGGUUCCAGAAGGAAUCCUCUGGCCUUCCCCGCAGCCACACCUUUACAGGCAGCUUGGAGGGAAAGUGCAGCCCCCGUGUCCUUUGCUGGGGCAGCAAAGGGCUUUGGGAGUAGAAGGGAGGCGAGGGGCCUUGGGAGGGGUGUCUGUUCGGUCUGGUGCCACCUUUUGGGGAGGAUGCUGAGGACAACAGGAUAGGAGGAGGAAUAGAAUGCUCGUGGCAAACGGUCAGCACCACUAAUAAGCCAAGAGCUGAGAAACAGAAGGUGGCCUUUCUGAUCCCAAUCUGCUUGAAACCUGACUGUGCUCCCCCUAUUUGCCUUGCCAUCUUACUCCAUUCAUUCAUUCAUUCAUUCACUCACUCACUCAGUCAUUCAAUGGAUAUUUAUUGACCACCUAUUAUAAGCUUUAAGUCCCCCCACUUUGUCCUGACAUGUGCCUUGCCCUCAACUCCUAAUCUCCAUUUCCAAUCACCCAAAACCUUGAGCUUGGGGAUCGGAUUGGGCUCCCUUAUGAUGGACUCCCAAGGUUUGAGAGCCCUGAUCCACUCUCUAGGUUAGCUAGACCGGUCCUCUCAUUUCACAGGUGGGAAAACUGGUGCUUACAAGGAUUAAGUGCCUUGCCAAGGGGUUAAUCGGGAGACAGAAGUCUGGACUGGAACCCAGCUGUCCAGAUGCCAUGCCCGUCCUCAUUGCUAGUCUGGGCUCAGUGAUGAAAAUGGGAGAAGGAAUGGGGAGGGGCAAUCUCCCAGGUCAGUACGUGGGGGAGGCCCUGGGCCAGGACUCACCCUUCCCAGUGCCUCCAUGUCAGCACCAGGGGGUUUGGGUAUGGGCCUGGCUGCUUCUGCAGUUCUGCCUUCCCUAGAGCUUCUCCGCCAAGCCACUUCUCAGAACUCAAGCAGGAAGGUGUCCCACUCAGCCCCAUCUUGGCUGAGCAGGGACCCCAGCCUUGACCCCAUCUGUGUUCUGGAGUCCCUUACCCUGCCCACUCGGGACUUAGAGGCACUCAUCCAUUGAAUCUAUUUAUGAAGCACCUGCUAUGGGCCAAGAGCUAAGAACCAGGCAGUAAAAUGGACAGACUCGUGGAAUUUAGUCUAGUGGGGAAGUCAGAACCAGACAACGAUCAGUGAGAUGGAUGUUAAGAAAGAGGGGACUGUAGGGUGACUGCACUGCAACCCUGGGCCCAAGACUGAGCAAGAAUCUUGGAGAAGCCCUCGUCAAAACGUUAAAUGGAAACGUCAGGUUGCUGUUGGAGGUGGGAGUCAGUGUGGGCUGCCUGUGGCUCCUUAGUGACCCCAUAAUCAAGGGCCUAAGGAGCUCCCUUGCAGCAGCUUGGGAGGGAAUGGAGCAGGUAGGGCAUGGGGAAUUGCCAAGGUUGGGUUAAUCCACUGGUCUCAACCAGUUCAGGAACAAGAUUAUUUGGCCAUGACUGGCUGAUCUUCAGCCUAAGGAGCAGCUUCAAAUGCACAAACCUAGUUGAAGUUUAAACCCCAGCAAAACAGUUCUCCCUGUAAAUGUAAAAUCUCACCCCAGCACCUCCUCUGCCUCUCCCUCCCCCCGCCCAGAUCAUUAGAUCAACAACUGCCUGCCCCCCACCCCUUACCACUGGCCUCUCUUCUCUGGGACAGGCUGAGACCUUUGAGCAGGGUAAUACCUUCUUUAACUACCCAUUAUAGUCAGUGUACCUGUUCUUCACUCAGAAAGGAGGGCAGAAGCAACCAGGCUUAUUUCAACAGGUUUCACCGCUUGCAAGACUGUAGGAAGCCUCCUUUAAGGGAGGUGGAUAAGUGGGUGUGUCCCCAGCUUCUGGAAAGGGCGGGAAAGAGAGUUCUCUCAUUGGAAAGGGGGGGGGUGUCCUGGGAAACACCACCAGCCCCCCCACCAUUUACUAGAACUCACUUCCGGGAGGGACAGGGGCUCAAAAGUGGUCCCUGGAAAGGGGGCGUGGUCUGCGCGUAUUUCAGUUUGUGGCUAUUGGCUCUGGGACUGACCUCUCUGGCUAAGGGCUCAGCUUCUUAGAACUUCAGCUGUCUUCUUUCUGAAAGACCAAAUCUAAUGUAACCAGCAACUCGGGGACUGCCAAGUAUGGUUUUGUCCCUGUGACUCAAAAGGAAGUUUGCCGGGCACCUUCAGGUGGAUAAGUGUGCAUGUGCGUGCGUGCGUGUGUGUGUGGCGCGCCAGAUGUCAUCUCUACAGACUAGAAAUAAAACAAACUUAUCAAUGUCUUGACUU